AUGUCGUCCUGUACGUAUGACGGUAAGGGGGAACCUAAGCGGUAUGUGGCUGCUUUUGAGAGUCACAUGUUGCUAUAUACCGACACCGAUGUUGUGUGGUGUAAAGUUUUCCCUACGACUCUUACCGGGGCAGCUUCAGAUUGGUUCUCCAAUUUAGAGCCGGGAUCAGUCGACUGCUUUGAGACCCUGGUGGAGUUGUUCACAGGUCAGUACAUAAGUAACAGUGCGAGACAAAGGACAUCUGGCGAGCUCAUGGCUAUUCAGCAACGAAAAGAGGAAUCGCUCAGAGAUUUCAUUAGGCGCUUCAAUAACGAGGCUAACACCAUACCAAAAUUGCAGCAAGAAAUUGCCGUGAUGGCGUUGAUGAAUGGACUGGGUGACAACGACUUCAAAAAAUAUAUGUCGCGGAAGUCUUUCCCAAACUUAGGGGUAGCAUUUGGCAAGGCUCACGAAUACAUAAAGAGUGAGGAACUGCCGAAAACGAGCCGUCAGAUAUCGUCAGCAGAACCCUCCAGAAGGCAAAGUGAUAAUAGCCCAAACGCCCAGAUGGGUGGGAUAAGCAGGGUACUGCCGCAAGGUCAGCAGAGAUCUGGACGACCGACAAGGGGAUUGGCCCGUUAA